AUGGAGACACUGAUAGCAGAGUCAUGGUUCAAGGUGGAAAAUGCCAUAGGCCAACGCCCUCAAUUGACCGGCGACGUUUAUGCUAUGCGCGCGCAGUAUAAAGCUCUAGAUGAUCAGGCUAAUGCAACUCGAGUCAUUUCGCCGAACGUUACUGUUGAGGAUAGAAAGAUCACACCCCAGCUGACGGUGAGAAUCUACACGCCGACCGUUGGCCAUGCCGACACCCAUCCACUUCCUGUCGGACUGUAUUUCCACGGGGGCGGGCUUUGCUGUGGAGACUUGGACUCCGAGGACACUUUCUGCAGGCAGGUCGCCGAACGCCUGCCUUGUGUGAUAGUUUCGGUCGGCUAUAGACUUGCACCGGAAUACAAGGCUCCCGCCCAGCUAGAUGACGCCGUGGAGGCGUGGAACUGGGCUUAUAUGAACGCGCCUGCCUUGAACGGCGAUCGUGAGAGAUAUUUUGUUGUUGGACAAAGUGCAGGAGGUACUCUUGUUCUUACGCUCAUGCGCCGGCUGAUCUCCCUGGGCCGCAGAGACGAAGUCAAGGGCGUCGCAGCCAUCGUUCCAUUCGCCCUCCACCCUGACGCCGUGCCCUCGCGCUAUGUUGACCGGUACCGGGCCUUUGAGGAGUGUGCCGAUGGUCCAGUUAGCACAAAAGAAACCAUGGGCCGUUUCCACGGUGAGUUUGGCACCGAGUUCGCUGUAUCCCUUUGCUGCAUUUCGCUCAUUGUCGCCGUUAUAGACGCGAUCGGGGCGCAACCCACCGAUCCCGACGUUUACAUUCUCAACGCUGAGUCGGAACUGCAUCAAUUCCCACCGACAUACCUUGCCGUGUGUGAGAUCGACCCUCUUCGAGACGACGGCCUGAUACUCCAUGAUCGCUUGAAGGCAUCCGGGGUCCCGGUCCAGCUUGAAUAUUAUAGAGGCUUACCCCACGUAUUCUGGGCGUUUGGAUGUCCUGCGCCGAGUGGCGAUUUUGUGGGAGAUGUUGUGAAAGGCAUCAAGGCUUUCACGCAUUCUUGA